AUGGCUAUCAUUCCCGUUACCGUUUCCCCCAAGGAGGCUCAAGCCGCUAUCGAUGAGGCUCUUGAGAAGGUUUCCACACAGCUUCGUGAAUUGAACCAAUUUAUUUGGUCUAAUCCUGAAUUGGCCUAUGAGGAACACAAGGCUCACGAUGCCAUUUGUAAUUUCCUUGAGAGCCAGGGUUUCACUGUCACCAGACACGCUUAUGGCGUGGAUACUUCCUUCGAAUGUAUCAGUGGAACUGAAGGCCGACUGAUCAACUUCAACGCUGAAUAUGAUGCUUUGCCCGAUAUUGGUCACGCCUGUGGACACAACCUCAUCGCCACUAGCAGUGUGGCGGCCUUUUUGGCGCUGACCCACCUGCAGAAGAAGUUUAAUACUGGUGGCAGGAUUCAACUCCUUGGCACACCUGCAGAGGAGAACGGUGGUGGCAAGGAAAAGCUACUCAAUGCUGGAGCUUACAAGGAGGUUGAUAUUUCCUUGAUGGCUCACGGUGGACCCAGUGGCAAGGCUCUGGUUGGCACCCCCUGCGACGGAGCGGCUGGUAUUAUGAUGAACGCCCGCAAGGAGCUGCACGUGGAGUUCUUCGGCAAGAAUGCCCAUGCUGGUGGUAACCCGUGGGAUGGUGUGAACGCUUUGGAUGCGCUGGUUCAGGCAUACAACGGAAUCUCCACCUUGAGACAACAGAUUCUGCCCGAUGAGCGCAUUCACGGUGCCUUCCUGGAUGUGCCCAAGGUCGCCAAUGUUAUCCCCGCCUACACCAAGUCUUACUGGCAGAUCCGAAGCCCGACUUUGACUGGAUUGAAGAGUUUGAUUGCCAGAGUCCGGGCCUGUAUUGAAGGAGCUGCUGUUAUCACUGGCUGCACUGUUAAGAUUGUCGAGGAGGGACUUUAUACCGAUAUUGUUCUGAACGAGACUUUGUGUGAUACUUUCAGCGGUCACAUGAGCUCUUAUGGAAGAAAGAUUGUUCCGAGACAUGACAAGGUCUUGACUGGAUCUACUGACGCUGGUAAUGUCAGCUACGCCGUACCAACACUUCACUCCAUGUUUGCCAUUCCCUGUCCGGAGGGCAGCUUCCCUCACCACCCGACCUUCGCUGCCUCCGCUGGAACUGAUGAAGCACACGUUGAGGCUGUCCUCACUGGUAAGGGACUGGCUAUGGUGGGAUGGGAUAUGUUGACCAAUGAUGCUCUUUUCGAAACUGCCAAGUCGCAGUGGGAAGGACUGAAGCCCUCGGCAGCUUGA